CAGCGUCCACGUCACGUGCACCCGCAUGGAUGCGCACCACGCCGAGCUCGCGCUCUGGCUCCAGCUCCUCGCCGCCAAGGGCGUCCAGGAGCUCGUCUUGGUCCACCAGGCGUCCAAGCUCGACGCCGGCGUGCGCCUCCCGGCCACGCUCUUCAGGUGCAGCUCCCUCACCUGCCUCUACAUCGGCUUCCUGAGGUUCCCGGACGUCGCCACCAUCCAGCGCGCCGGCGCCUUCCCCCACCUCCGCGAGCUCGGCCUCUGCUCCCUCGUCAUGGGUGUGCGGGACCUCGCCUUGCUGCUCGACAGAUGCCCCGUCCUGGAGAACCUCGAGAUCGUCGGCCACCGGGAGCUAGUGCGCCUCCGCGUCGCCAGCCAUAGCCUGCGCUGCGUGGAGUUGUGCGAGUCCGUCGUGGAAGAGAUCACCGUGGAGCAUGCCGCGCGCCUCGAGAGGCUCAUGUUCUGGGAAAUUUGCGGGGUCGGUGGCGUCAUCGACGAGGAUGGUUGCUCCAUCAACAUGUGUACCAAGAUCAAGAUUGGCCAUGCACCCAACCUGCGCUUCCUUGGAUUCUUGGUGCCUGGAAUGCAUGAACUGAACAUUGGCAACACCAUCAUCAAGGCCGGGACUAAGGUGAGCCCAAAAAACAUGGUCCGCAGCGUCCGGGUGUUGGGAAUUCAGGUGAAACUUUUUAACCACAAUGAAGUCAAGAUGUUGCCUAUCUUCCUCAGAUGUUUUCCCAACGUCGAGACACUCUACAUUCAGUGCGAGACCACUAUCCACAAGCCCCCUGGCAUGCUCAAUCCCAAGUUCUUGCAGCAGACUGGCCCAAUCGAUUGCCUUCAGAAGCAUAUCAAGAAGGUGAUCAUCCGUGAAUUCAGAGUACAUAGGAGCGAGCUUGAUUUCGUCAAGUUCAUCGCUGAGCGUGGGCAGGUGCUGGAGAAGAUUGUCAUUGUGCUGGCACAAUCGUAUUCGUCUUCAGCUGAUCGUCUGCAUUCCAGCAUGAGGACUUUCAUGGCUUCUGUCAAAUUGGCCAAUGAAGACUGUAAGGUGAUUGUGUGUGAGAGCCCGUUUCCUUCGGAUGGUACAGCAUGGUGCUUCCAGGGGGCAUUCAACAUGUCAAAGGACCCUUUCGACGUUUCACAGUGCUCCAAUAGCGGCGCCUCAUGCCGAGCUGCUUAGUUUUCUGUCACAGCAUGUAGAAGCAAUGCAUUGCUUGUUUGUUGAAAAUGUGCUUUUUUGAUUGGAAAGAGCUCUAACUUCUAGCCUGAGUGACUUAUGUUUUGAAGAUAUUUAGCUGUGUUAUUUGUCAUGCGAAAGCCUGAACCACUUGUUGAUGAGUUUCAGUAAUAUUGCAUUGCACUAGCCACUAGCUAUGCUAAAUAAGCACCUGGUAAUGCUAAUAUUUCGCUUGCUUUUAUGCUA